AUGCCCAUUCGAGAAAAUUGGAACCUGAAGUACAGUGCGACUUACGUAUUAUGCUUGUUGCGCGAUUCGGGCGUAAAACCGCAAGACACAGUUGGCGCCUCAUUGUCGGUUCUUGCAAGCUCUUCACCUAACCGUCAUCCUACCAACUUGCUAACGGUUCUAGAUACGGAGCCAAAGAGCGGCAUUGAGGAAACACUGCAUGUGUGUGUGAAGCCAUUUCACUUUUCUUACUCACGUGAUGAAUGGCUUCUUGAAUGGUUCGAGUUGAAUCGUCUGCUGGGCGUAAGCCACUUUUACAUGUAUAAUGAAUCGCUGAGUACGCCCGUAGCAUGUUUACUCGACCACUAUCGAAAGCAAGGUCUUGUAACACUACUGCCAUGGAAACUUCCCAUCGUUUCAAAGGUGGAAAUAAGAACGGAGGGCCAGUUUGCCGCGUUUAACGACUGCUUGUACCGUUCGAUGUCGGUGGCGGGCUGGUUGCUGGUGAUCGACGUGGACGAGAUAGUAAUGCCGCGCCGCGAGCGUACGCUGUCAGCGCUGCUCACCGCACUUCGCGCCGCCUACAAUCCGCCUUCGAAAGCACCUUCUGCCUUCUUGUUUAGGAAUGCGUUUUUCUAUUUGCGAUGGGAGGACGAUGUAGAGGCCCCUGCGCCACUAGUUACUGCGCUCAAAACACGAAGAUGGGCCGCGCCGCACGCGUUGAAGAAUCGUAGCAAGUACGCGCUCCGGCCGCGUGAUGCAGUGGAGCUCGGCAAUCACUUUGUGUGGGAGCUCGCACCCGGGGCUAGUUCUGUAGGCGUACCCACCGAUCGCGCACUUCUGCAUCAUUACCGGAUCGCCUGCGAGUAUGGCGGUUUACAAUGUCUGACGGUGCCUUCGACAGUGGACCGCACGUCUCACCGCUGGUCCGAUGAGCUACUCAAACGCGUUAAUGCAGAAAAGGAGAAAUAUUCAAGGACAUGUCACAUAUAA